AUGCACUCUCCCUAGAAAAGAAAAAAAACCUCUCUAGCAAUACACACCAAACUGAGCAUGUGCAGAGUGUCUUAGGAGAUACGAGGGGGGCAGCGGAAGAAGGGGAGAAUAAGAGAAGACAGGGUUGAACAGCCCUUUUACACAAUGCAGAGGAUUAACCCCUUAGGUUCCACAGUGAGUAUAACAAGUCUGUUUUACUGCCAGGGGUGGACUGACAACUCAUGGGGCCCCCGGGCAAUAGGGGAUCAUGGGGCCCCUGUGUCCUUGCCCAAACUCAAAAAAACCUAU